GUCCCUGUCCACUUCAUCUCCUGACAUCUGUGCGCCGCGCGUGGGAAGAGAAUAGCUUGAACGCGAGGGCAGCGGGAGGCAGGGAGGGCCCCUUUCCCUUUAAAUGCAAAUUUUUGCCUGGGCCCGGCAGCUGUUGACACCGUGCCUCGCAGGGCGCUCCGCCGCUGGGAGCAAGGAGCCGUAGUACGAGGGGUUCCUCUCAGGUGAUGCACAUGGGAGCAGCUUCUGUCUACACUUGAAGAGGCUGGACUGCAGAGAGGGGCUGAAAGGGAGGGACUUUGUUUUCUUGGUGAACAGGGUCUCCCUCCUUCAGAGCCCUUGCUGCAGCGUGUGAGAGCCUGCGACGGGUCUUCCGAUGGAAGACAAGAAGAAGAAGAGAAGCCCUAAGAGUGGCUUAGCUCAGCCUGCGCCCGCCAGUGCUCUGCGCAAGCUGCCCGUCCCCACCAGCAAAAGCACCACCUUCUCUCUGGGGCUGCCUCACCUGCCCUCCCCAAAGCAACGGGCCAAGUUCAAAAGGGCGAACAAGGAGAAAUCUCGUCCGCCUCCACCUGCGGGCAGUGGGGGUGCAGCCCUCGGGGCCCCCCUGCAGCACUCCUUCCUGACAGACGUCUCGGACGUUUAUGAGAUGGAGGGCGGGCUACUGAACCUGCUUAAUGACUUCCACUCGGGCAAACUCCAGGCCUUUGGGAAGGAGUGCUCCUUCGAGCAGCUGGAGCACGUGCGGGAGAUGCAGGAGAAGCUGGCGCGCCUGCAUUUCAGCCUGGACGUCUACGUGGAGGAGCUCUCUGAGGACCAGAAGAAGACUGUGGCUGACCGGAACCUGGAUCAGCUGCUGACUAAUUUGGAAGAGCUCAGCAACUCCAUCCAAAAGCUGCACCUCGCUGAGAAUCCAGACCUGGAGGACUCUGCCACGGCCUAGCUGGAAAGGCUGCCUGGUCCCUUUGUAAACAGCCAAGGGAAGCAUGGAGGAUUCUGGAGCCAAGGGAAAGAUCCAGCAGCUCGAAUUGCUGUCAUGGCCACCUCUGAACUGUAUAGAAAUGUUGGGGUAUAAAGGCAGGGAUACCUUCAGAGACAUGGGCUGGGGGAGGGGCAUGUUUUCAGAUAGUUUUGUAUCAAAAUCCCAGGAUUUCUAGAGCAUCCAAAACGGCCAAACCCUGUCCAAGUAAGUUGGAAAGGAAACAAGAAAAUCUUAGAGGACAGGGAUGGGGAGUCUGCAGUUCUGGGUUCUCCCUCCUGAUCUGUCCGCAGCUCAGUGUGUGACCUGGGACAUGUUGCUGCACCUUCCUGGGCCCAAGUUUCCUCCCCCCUCCACUUUUUUUUUUUAAUGGGGGGGUUAAGCGGCCUUGUCUAAAGCUCUUUGAGAGGCCUGGAUAAAAGGUGCCAUGUCUAAACGAAGCCUCGUUAAUGGAAGAGGAGCCUUUCAUUUUCAGGCUCUUGGUCCCAGUCUGAUUCAGUCUGAUUCAAAGGGGCUGUGUGUGAAAUGAGUUUGGUGGAUUUCAGUCUGGUUUCUCGAGGACGAACAGCUACCUCCCCAAACCCGCUGCGGUAACUGGCUUCCUCCUCGACAGUCCUCCCAGAAGAAUGUUCAAGGCCUGGUUCGGCCAUGAAGAUAGAAGUCCCCUCUUUCCAUUGUCCCUCCAAGAUAGGGUCUCAAGCCGCCUGUUGAUGGGGAAAUUGUCACCAGCAGGAAACAAACUGAAAUGUAAACACAGGAACAGCAAACAAGAAAAGCUCAGUAAAGGCUUUUUGCUCGAUUUGCUGUUUAAGCUUCUGUGCUGCAGUGCAGCUGUCAGCAUGCAACUGAAACCAGCAGGGAAAAGUAUGAUCAGCAUGAAAUGAACCCAGCUUUUUGGGGCUAGGACAACGUUUCUACUAAUAGUGCAACAAGUUAGCCUCGGAUGCUGCUGUCUGAUCCUUUUCCUCCAAUGUUUUUUAAUGGUUGAGUAUUUGCUAAGUUGGAAAAAAUUGUCUAUAGCUGCCCCUUUUGUAAAUACCCCAGGCCUUUCAUGAUAAUUCUUUGACAUGGGUUGGGUAAUAUUUCCAACAAGGUGAGAAGGGAUGGCUUUGGUAGCCCAGACAUCAAAAGCAAGAAGAGAGGAGUUUAGACAAAUAACAUUUUUACACCGACGCACACAGCCAGUCUUAAAUACUUUGACACUGAAGGGGAAUCAUUGUGUGUAUGUUUGUGUCAGAAUGUUUUUAUGGUAAUAGAAUGUAGUAUUAAAGAAUGACAUUGUAAUGUAAAUAAACUAGUGGUAAUUUCCUGUUUUUUACUGUUCGUUUAAUGAAUGUGUAAAGCAGGAACAAUGGACUGAAGUUUAAAACAAAGGAGGAGGAAGCCAGGUACGAGGGAGCGGA